GCAGCGAGUGACAGGAGGAGGCGGGAGCAGGCAGGUAGGGAGCGUCUCAGCCCAAGGUCUCCCUCUGAGGGGCCGUGACCAUGAGUGAGCUGGGCGCGCAGAAGACCGGCGAUGGCACCGUCUCCCGCCUGCUCAACGUGGUGGAGAGCGAGCUGCAGGCGGGGAGGGAGAAGGGCGACCCCACGGAGAAGCAGCUGCGCAUCACCCUGGAGGACGCCCCUCUCUGGCAGAGGUUCAAGGAAGUCACUAACGAGAUGAUCGUGACCAAGAACGGCAGACGGAUGUUCCCUGUUCUGAAGAUCAGUGUGACGGGGCUGGACCCCAAUGCCAUGUACUCCCUCCUGCUGGACUUUGUCCCCACGGACAGCCACCGCUGGAAGUACGUCAACGGGGAGUGGGUGCCGGCGGGCAAGCCCGAGGUCGCCAGCCACAGCUGCGUGUACAUCCACCCGGACUCGCCCAACUUCGGGGCGCACUGGAUGAAGGCACCCAUCUCCUUCAGCAAGGUCAAGCUCACCAACAAGCUCAGCGGAGGCGGCCAGAUAAUGCUGAAUUCCCUGCACAAAUACGAGCCCCAGGUUCACAUAGUGCGCGUGGGAGGUGCCCAUCGGAUGGUCAUGAACUGCUCCUUCCCUGAAACCCAGUUCAUCGCUGUGACUGCCUACCAGAACGAGGAGAUAACGGCUCUCAAAAUCAAGUACAACCCCUUUGCCAAAGCCUUCCUGGAUGCCAAGGAAAGGAACCACCUGAAAGAUAUCCCGGAAGCGAUCUCCGAGAGCCAGCACGUGGCCUGUCCCCACCUGGGCGGCUGGAUCUUCUCCAACCCGGAUGGAGUGUGCUCGGCCGGGAACGCCAAUUUCCAGUAUGCGCCUCCUCUGCCUCUGUCUGCCCCUCACACCCACCACGGCUGUGAGCGCUACGCUGGCCUCCGCGGGCACCGGCCGGCCCCCUACCCGUCCGCGUACAUGCACAGGACCCAUUCUCCCUCAGUGAACUUGCUAGAAAGCUCCGGCAACAACCUGCAAGUGUUCUCCGGAGCUGACAGCUGGACUUCCAUCUCCUCCACGCCCCACACCAGCAUCCUGUCCGUCCCGCACACCAGCGGCCCCAUCAACCCUGGGCCCAGCCCCUACCCGUGCCUGUGGACCAUCAGCAACGGUGGCGGGGGCCCUGCCGGGCCAGGCCCCGACGUGCAUGCCGGGUCUCCGGGAGCAUUUCUCCUGGGCAACCCCACCGUGACUUCGCCCCUCUCCACCCAGGCGCCCACUUCGGCGGCGGUGGAGGUUCUGGGGGAGCCCUCGCUGACCAGCAUCGCCGUGUCCACCUGGACAGCGGUGGCCUCGCAUCCGUUUGCGGGCUGGGGUGGCUCAGGUGGGGGUGGGCGCCAUUCUCCCUCCUUGCUGGACAGCUAGGCAGGGUCUGAGGGCAGGGGUCCACAGAGAACCUUCCGUGUGUCCAGCACCUAGAAACCCCGAUCCCAGUGAGUGAGGCUGCAGGGGGUGGGCGCCUCCAGAAGCCGACUGGCAGGUUGUUCAGCGAGGGUGAGGCUGAUGAUGUACUGGGUCUUUCUACCACUUUCUGUUUGCGAUCUCAUUUUCUCCGCAGCGGAUUUCUCUGUGCUCGGGCAAUAGCGGUUCGUCAAAUACCCUCCUGUGCCUUGCCCCUACUCCCAAGUGAUUGUAGACGCGACACUUCUUCUAAGUGAAGAAGUAUAUGACACUACUGUUAAGUGAGCUCCAAGUUUGCCUGCCCGAGGCCACCGCUUUGUGGCUUUGUGCAGCCCUGGAGGGUGUGUGGCCACCAGGCUUCUACUCUGAGAGCAAGAGAGGCUGUAACUCAGCGUGCAGGUAGCAAAGAUAGAGCCAAUCACACAAUCCAGCAGGGAGCCUGGCAGGUCAGAUCACGCACUCCCUUGCUCAGUAACCUUCGAUGGCUCACCAGUGCCUGCAGGGCGGAGUCACAUGUAACCACCAGGAGAUCCUCUACGGCCGGGCCUCGCCGCUUCUGCAGCUGAGCUCCCUGCUACCUGGCAGCACCCGCGUGUCAGUCGAGGGAGACACUGCCUCGGUGCUCUGUGCGUUCAGUGGACUUUCCCACCGCUGUGCCUCUGACCCGAGCUGUCCUCUGUCUAGUCCCACUGUGCAUCCUACCCCUCUCCCCGCCUCACCCAAGUGCCACACCCUGCACCAGCCCUGCCCUGCCCUGCCCCGGGCAUUGCUGUAGCCAAUGCCCCACCCAGGCACACUCCACUGUGCCCUGCCCUGGCUCGCCCCUGCUUGGCCUCUGGCGUGAGCUCACCUCAUUCUGCCUGUGCUUUUAUCUGUGAGUGUGUCUCUCCCAGAGACUGUGAGCCCCUUGGGGGCGAGGCCUAGCCUUGACUUUGUGCCCCACAGCUCCUGGAUCUGUGCCUUGCCUACCGUAGGUGCCCAAUAAACCUUGGU